AGUCCCCUUCUACUUCAUCCUCAUGGGCAUGGGCAUCUUCUAUACCUGGAUUUCCAUCCCAUUCUGCUGUCUCUACACUAUCUCUACUGCAGGCAACACCACCUUACUGGCUGUCAUCAGGGCAGAGCCCUCUCUGCAUGAGCCCAUGUACUUGUUUCUUCCCAUGUUGGCCCUAACAGACCUGGGACUUAGCCUCACUGCUUUGCCUACACUGAUGAGGAUCCUCUGGUUCAAUGCCUCAGAUUUCAGCUUUGAGGCUUGCUUUAUUCAGUUCUUUUUCCUCCAUGGAUUCUCCUUUAUGGAAUCUUCUGUGUUGUCGGCCAUGUCUUUUGGCCACCACGUGGCCAUUUGCCACCCCCUCCAUUAUUUUUCCAUCCUCACCAAGAAGGCAAUCUGCAGAAUAGGUCUAGCCAUCAUUUGCCACUAUCUUCUGGAUGUUCUUCCUACGUUGUUCCUGUUGAAAAGGCUCCCCUUUUAUGGCUCCCCUCAUCUCUCGCACUCCUACUGCCUCCAUCAAGACAUUAUUCACCUGGUGUGUGCUGACACCACUACAAAUAAUGGGUAUGGAUUUGUUCUAGCUCUGCUUAUUAUCAUACUGGACCCCUUGCUCACCGUGCUGUCCUAUGCACUCAUCCUGGGACACGUCCUCAGAAUUGCCUCCCCGGUUGAAAGGCCCUAGGCCCUCAAUAACUGUCUGUCCCACAUUGUGGCUGUUUUUGUCCUUUACAUAUACCCAUGGUUGGUGU